AUGGUGAAAGCCAGCAAGUCCGUGUCUCCUGCUGUCAUUGGCCUCCUCCACAAAUUCUCCGAACCUGAAGUCUCACUGCUUAGAGAGAAACUCCUGUCCCAUUAUGAUGCCAAUCAUAGGAUACUGCCGUGGCGUUCGAUUGCAGCCACAGAGGAUGAUCGCAACAAGAGGGCUUAUGCUGUUUGGGUAUCAGAGAUGAUGUUACAGCAGACACAAGUUGCCACUGUGAUAAGUUACUUUGAGAAAUGGAUAAGCAAGUGGCCCACUGUGGCUGAUUUGUCCAAGGCAACACUGGAGGAGGUCAACCAAGUAUGGGCUGGCCUUGGAUAUUAUUCACGAGCACGUAGGCUUCAUGAAGGAGCUGUUAAGGUUAUGGACGACUUAGAUGGUGAAUUUCCAAGUGACCGUGAUUCCCUUGUGGAGCAGCUGCCAGGUGUUGGUAGAUACACAGGAAGUGCCAUAGCCUCCAUUGCUCUUGGCAGUUGUGUGGGUGUCGUGGAUGGAAAUGUCAACCGUGUAAUGGCUCGAUUGCGGGGAAUAGGUGCUGACAUAAGUGCUCAGGCUACUGUAGACCAUAUGUGGAGUUUAGCAGACCAGCUGGUUGAUCCAGAGCGGCCCGGGGAUUUCAAUCAGGCAGUUAUGGAAUUAGGAGCCACAGUUUGCACACCUAAAACUCCAAGCUGCAGUACAUGCCCAUUGCAGUCACUCUGUGUAGCUUAUCGUAGAAGUCAGGAUGGACAGCAGAAGACUUCCAUCAGUUCCCACUUUAAGAUGGUUGGCAAGUCAAAGGACAAAGUAGAUGAAAGUCUAGUGAAAGAUAUUGAAUGCUUGCCAGAGUGUGAUCUCUGUCUAAGAAAGGAAGACUGGGAUAGCAGUUUAGGAGUGCAGAAUUAUCCACGUAAAGGACAGAAGACCCAGUCUCGGCAGGAAACUUCAGCUGUUGUCAUAUUGCAGAGGCCAAAUGGCCAAAUGUAUUUUGUUCAACGUCCAAAGACAGGGUUAUUAGCCAACUUAUGGGAAUUUCCCAGCAUUGCCCUCACAAGUGAAGAGGAAUCCCAGUGGGAAGAAAGUAUUACUCAACAGCUGCAGGAGGAUUUUGCUGUUCCUCAGUCUUAUGCUUGCUUGAGGAUAUUUGUGUCAGAUGUUUUACACAUAUUUUCCCAUAUUAGACAAACAUACAAAGUGUAUAAGCUAUCUUUGGAUGAUAAGAAGCCAGAAGUGAUUUGCCCUUCAAAAUAUCAAGGUUCCCAGUGGAUGACAAGAGAAGAAUUCAUGUCCUCAGCAACAUCAACAGCCAUGAAAAAGAUUCUUAAAGCUGUUGAAUCAUCUGAACAAAAGGCAAAGGACAAGAAGCCUAAACGAGGUAAAGAAGAAAAACCUGUUGAUGCUAAAAAGCAGAAAACAAUAUCACAGUUCUUUAAUGCAUCUGCAAAGAAGCAGAAGUGAAAUGCUGCUUCAGAGACUGGCUGUUGUAUUGUCAUUUUAGUGUCUUUGUUCUGGAAGUGAAGCUUAUACACAAGAAUGAGGAUAUGCAGGUAGAGAUGUUAUUAUAUUUAGAAAGUAUAUUGUGCCAUUGUAUAGUGUCUGUUUUACUUUUUUAUCACUGAAGACAGUAUUAAAAAUUUAGGUAGAUAUUGAUAAAGACUGGUAAAGUAGUUACAGCUUUUGAAGUUUUGAAGGAUUUUUUAAUGAAAAAUUUAAGUGUAAUGUACUCUAUUUUUAUAAUUUUUAAAUAAAUUUUAUAGAUACAACCAUAA